CGCCCAAGAGGCAGCCACUCCUCAUUCUUUUCCCACCCCAACCUGGGCGACGAGGACCAAGCCCAAGUGAAGGACCAUCUAUGACGAAGAGGAGACAAAGGGGGCUUCUGGAGCGAAAGUGACAGCGAGAAGGGAGAGGAGGAAGGACUAGGAGAGGGAGGGGAGAGCCCAGCCCCUUGCUCCCCUCCCUUCUCCACCUCGCCCUGGCCAGCAGCACAAACCCACAGAGCCUUCCAGCUGUUGUCACCUUCCAGCUGUUGGCUUCCUUUCGAUGCCAUGGGGAACAGCUUCUCCAGCAUCCCAGCACUGCCUAGGGGCAAUCCGAGCCGGUUCCACAGGGUCCAUCAUCAGCAUCUCAAAGACUCCAUAGGUGGACCCUUUCCUGCUUCCUCCCACCGAUGCCACCACAAGCAAAAGCACUGUCUGACCAUCCCACAGUGUGGAGCACUCUCGAUCAGCCCACUGCUGUUCCAUCCCCACACGAAGGGGUCCCAGAUCAUAAUGGACACCACACAGAAGGCGGUCAAGCGGCAGGCGAGCUUUUGCAAUGCCAUCACCUUCAGCAACAGGCCAAUUGUAAUCUAUGAGCAAGUCAGGCUCAAGAUCACAAAGAAGCAGUGCUGUUGGAGCGGGGCUCUUCGACUUGGAUUUACUUCUAAGGAUCCAUCUAGGAUUAACCCAGAAAGCCUGCCCAAGUAUGCAUGUCCAGACCUAGUUUCUCAGAGUGGAUUCUGGGCCAAGGCCCUCCCAGAAGAGUUUGCAAAUGAAGGAAACAUCAUAGCAUUCUGGGUGGACAAAAAGGGACGUGUAUUUUAUCGGGUUAAUGACUCUGCUGCCAUGUUAUUCUUCAGUGGGGUAAGGACCACCGAACCAUUGUGGGCUUUGAUUGAUGUGUAUGGACUCACACGUGGAGUGCAACUACUAGAUAGUGAAAUUAUUCCUCCUGAUUGCCUCCGUCCAAGAUCCUUCACGGCUAUCCGUCGGCCCUCGUUGCGUAGAGAGACAGAGGACACCCGGCUGUCUGUGAGCCUUUGUGACCUCAACCUCCAGGAGGAGAACUUCCAUGUCAUGGCUGCCAUGUGUCCUAUCCCACAGAACUCCCUCAACUCCCAACAUUCCCACCUCCUCCCAUCCCAGCUUGAAAGCGACCUCCGCUUCCAUCAGCUCAGGGGAGCUCAUAUUAAAAUUCUGGAUGACCAGACCGUGGCCCGCCUGGAGCACGCUCGGGAAGAGAGAACUUUGGUUUUCACUAGUCGGCCCCUUAGAAUCAACGAGACUAUCUUCGUCAAAAUUAACAAAUCCAACACCUCGCGUACUGGGACACUCUCUUAUGGGGUGACCACUUGUGACCCUAGCACCCUGAGGCCCAGCGACCUUCCUUAUAAUCCAGAGUCUUUAGUUGAUCGAAAAGAAUUCUGGGCAGUUUGUAGAGUGCUAGUGCCUCUCCAAAGUGGAGACAUUUUGGGAUUCAUGGUGAAUUCAGAAGGUGAACUGCACUUGAGCCACAAUGGAGCAAACGCCGGCAUGCAGGUGUGCGUGGACUGUUCCCAACCACUGUGGAUGUUCUUUGGUUUACAUGGAGCAGUGAUGCAAAUCCGUGUCCUUGGUUCUACACUCGUGGCUGAGCGGCUGGGCCCAUCUGCACCGAGCUCGCCCACCUCCUCUCCAAACUCGCCAUCCGUCCUCUGCAGCGGUGUUUCUGAUCCCAUUCUGAGUACGUGCAGUUCUGGCCUGCUUGGCAGCUCAGUCAGUGGCACAGCUCCAAACUCACCAGUCAGCAUGCCAGAGUCCCCCCUUUCCCCCUCCAUCUCAGGGUCCUGGAAUGACGAGUGCACCAUCUGCUACGAGAACAUGGUGGACACCGUGAUUUACUCCUGUGGACAUAUGUGCCUGUGUUUCACAUGCGGGCUCAAACUCAAGAAGAUGGCCAACGCCUGUUGUCCGAUCUGCAGGCGUGCCAUCAAGGACAUCAUCAAGACCUAUCGCAGCACUUAGGGCAGCAGGGCAAGAAGGGUAGGGCCUGGGGAGAAGGUCUUUGUGAAACCGAACCAGAUCAGGGUAGGUGGGAAGGAUAUGAUAUCCCAGUUGCCAAUUUCUCCAACCUUUCAUAUGUAGCUAAUUCUGAAUGUUUCUACCUGUGGGCGAACCCCAAAAAUUUGAGGGCUAAAGAUUUCUUCCUUCCUUGAUAUCUAGGCAAAGAGUUACUGCCAACCCUCACCUGUGUGGCCUGCAAGAAAAGGUUGGAUCUCUUGCCCCGUUUUCCUGGCUCUCCCUCCUGCACUUUCCCUGCCCCUCUGCCAACUUGGAUACUGCAAGGAUCGAACAAGGAAAGGAUGCAAAUUAAUCAGUUUUUCUUGGGCAUGUUAGCAGUUGCAUUAAGCGAAUGAAUUCAAAAUUUGGGAACAGAGUAGAGUAGAAAAGGAACAAGUCA